UAUUAACAGAAACAAUUUUGAGCGACUAUAAAUUAUAAUAGUUUUACCAAAUUUUCUUUUGCUUUUACCCACAAUGGCAAUGACCAAUAAAAAGACAGCUGACGUUAAAAUUAAGAGCGAGCCCAAGAGCUUGGUUAAGCUCAAGGCGAAGGAGUCGCCAGUCAAGGCAACGCCGACGCCAGCGCGAGCACAAUCGCCCAUCAAGACAGCCGAGCCACAGGAGGAGCUUGUCUAUGACUAUAUGAAGUAUGGCAAGAAGAAGAAGAAAGGCUAUGCGCUGCCCAAGAAGCAUGUGUCCUUUAAGCGUGUGGUGGAGCUAAUAACAUUUACUGAAGACUGGAAAAUCAAAUCACGCACCGAGGGCAAUCUGCGCUCAGAGGAGGAGCAGCGCAAGAACACCAAUAUGAAACGCAACUUCUGACCCCCAAAGCGCGUGCAACAUACGUUUUCCAAUAUACCGCCUAUAUAUGUACAUAUAUAUAGUAUAACCAAA